UAAAACUCAAGAGAGAAUUUCACCUUUCUCUUGUCACAUAUUUCUCAGCUCUAACUGCGCUAAGCAGAUGCCUGCGCUUCCUGUGCCUGUGCCUGACAACUCAUCAACCAUGUUAGCAUCAUCAGGGGGGAGCUCCGGCGGGGAAGCGGCCACCAUGGCAGAAGUGGUUCGUGAAGGUAGGCAAGAAUCCGAAACGACAGACGUCUUGUCAAAUUCAGUUCAAGAGGGAAACAAGGGUCACCGCUUAUAUGGGGGAAACCGAUGGCCUCGACAAGAAACGGUGGCGCUUCUGAAGAUACGGUCUCAAAUGGAUGCAGCUUUUCGUGACUCAAGUCUCAAAGCUCCAUUGUGGGAAGAUGUUUCAAGAAAGCUAGGUGAGCUUGGUUAUUACCGAAGCGCUAAGAAAUGCAAGGAGAAAUUCGAGAACGUGUAUAAGUACCACAGGAGAACCAAAGAAGGCCGGUCUAAAAAACAAGAAGGAAAAACUUAUCGAUUUUUCGAUGAACUUGAAGCUUUCGAUCAUCAAAAUCAUCACCAUUCAUCAACAAUAAUACCAGCAAAACCUCAAGUAGUCCUGUGGCCAACCAUGAACAAUAACCAUCCAAACAACCCUAGUCUUGUAGUUCCUCAUGUCACCACUACUACUACUCUUCCUCUUUCUUCAACGUCAAGCAUCAUGACCCCAACAAAUGGUUCUCUUCCAAAUGGUCCUCAAAUUUCACCACCACACAUUACAAAAUCACCUCUCAAUCUCUCUCAGCAAAAUAUUAAUGGUUUCAAGCCAAACUCGGCAACAAACAAUCUUUUUUCGAGCUCUACUUCCUCGUCUGCCUCUGAUGAAGAGUUUCAAGUUCAACCCCGUGACAAGAGAAAAAUGAAGUGGAGGUACUUCUUCAAAAGGAUGACCAAGGACGUGCUGGAGAAGCAAGAGAAGCUGCAGGAGAAAUUCUUAGAAGCCAUAGCGAAGUGCGAGCACCAACGAAUGGUGAGAGAAGCAGCUUGGAGGAAGGAAGAGAUGGCGAGAAUGAGUAAAGAGCACGAAAUUUUAGCCCAAGAAAGAUCAUUAGCAGCGGCACAAGAUGCCGCGGUAAUUGAAUUCUUGCAAAAGUUUUCGGGGCAACAAAACUCAACAAGUAUUCAAGCACUCGAGGCACCAUCAUCACGGCCCCAUCCACUGCCAGUACUAAUGCCACCACCGCUGCAGGCUCCGGUGGCAGUGGUCACAAGUAGUACUUUUGACGUUCCGAAACUGGAUAACAGUGAAAGUCCACUUCCUGCAGGAUCUACAAGAUGGCCGAGAGUUGAAGUUGAAGCUUUGAUAAACUUGAGGACAUAUCUUGACGUGAAGUACCAAGAAGCCGGGCCUAAAGGGUCUCUUUGGGAGGAGAUAUCGGCAGGGAUGAGGCGGCUCGGAUACAAUAGGAGUGCAAAGAGGUGCAAAGAAAAGUGGGAGAACAUCAACAAGUACUACAAGAAGGUGAAGGUGAGCAGCAAAACGCGGUCUGAGGGUUCAAAAACAUGUCCAUAUUUUCACCAGCUGGACAUCUUGCACAGUAAAAAGAACAAUAAGAAUAAUGCUGGUCAUGUGGUGAAGCCCAAUGCUGAAACAAUGCAGCCAUUGAUCAAUGUCCAGCCAGACCAGCCAGCAAUUGAAGAUAUCGAAAGGGAAAACGGGGAUCGAAACGAAGACGACGAAGAUGGAGAGAGUACAGAGGAAGAAGACCGGAGUGAUGACCAGAUGGAGACGGUAACCAACUAGAAAGAGUCAUCAAUGGACAUGGUGGAUUCAUGAUAUGAGUGGGAUAGAAUAACUAAGUCUCUGUUUUACUCUUCAGAUCCAUUUGACGUAAAAUGUCAAUCCCAAAAACUAUCACAACACAUGACUGAAAAGGCACAUACAAAAAAUAAGAAAAAAGGGACAGUGUAUUAUUUUUCCUCAGGUCCCAA